UCUGUCUCCCCCUUCCUCCCUCCCUCUCUCUCAGUAGUUUCCUGCUUGAGGAUUUUGUUGUCCCGCAUCUAUAUAAACGGAGGAUGCAGCGAACUGUCUUUAGUCACGAUAGGACUCAGCACGGGAAGGGUUGAUUCCAUAAUCUACCACCACCAUGUGCGACGAAGAGGAAGCGACGGCGCUCAUCUGCGACAAUGGCUCCGGUCUUGUCAAGGCUGGCUUUGCCGGUGAUGACGCUCCUAGAUGUGUAUUUCCUUCUAUCGUCGGCCGGGCACGUCAUCAGGGUGUGAUGGUCGGUAUGGGUCAGAAGGACGCCUACGUCGGUGAUGAAGCCCAGAGCAAGAGAGGUAUCCUCACCCUCAAGUACCCCAUCGAGCAUGGUAUCAUCACCAACUGGGACGAUAUGGAGAAGGUCUGGUACCACACCUUCUACAAUGAGCUCCGCGUUGCCCCUGAGGAGUCCCCAACAAUGCUCACUGAGGCUCCCCUUAACCCCAAGGCCAACCGUGAGAAGAUGACUCAGAUCAUGUUUGAGUCCUUCAACAUGCCCGCCAUGUACGUCUGCAUCCAGGCUGUCCUCUCCCUCUAUGCCUCUGGACGUACUACUGGUGAAGUCUGUGACUCUGGAGAUGGCGUUUCACAUAUAGUCCCUGUCUAUGAAGGUUUUGCCCUUCCCCAUGCCAUCCUCCGUCUGGACUUGGCUGGUCGUGACAUCACCAACUACCUGAUGAAGAUCAUGACUGAGCGUGGUUACUCCUUCACCACCACUGCUGAGCGUGAGAUCGUUCGUGACAUCAAGGAGAAGCUUUGUUAUAUUGCUCUGGAUUUCGAGGGAGAAAUGAACACUGCUGCAGCUUCCUCCUCCAUAGACAAGUCCUAUGAACUUCCUGACGGUCAGGUCAUCACCAUUGGUAAUGAGCGUUUCCGUGCUCCCGAGUCUCUAUUCCAGCCUUCCUUCUUGGGUAUGGAAUCUGCUGGUGUUCAUGAGACUGUACACAGCUCCAUCAUGAGGUGUGACAUCGAUAUCAGGAAGGACCUGUUGGCCAACAUUGUCCUCUCUGGUGGUACCACCAUGUACGCCGGUAUUGCUGACAGGAUGCAGAAGGAAAUCACAGCUUUGGCUCCUUCAACUGUUAAGGUUAAGAUCAUAGCUCCUCCUGAGAGAAAAUACUCUGUUUGGAUUGGAGGCUCCAUCCUGGGUUCCCUGUCUACUUUCCAGGCCAUGUGGAUUACAAAGGAGGAAUAUGAUGAAUCCGGCCCGGGCAUUGUACAUCGUAAAUGCUUCUAAAAUUUCAGUAUACAUAUCUGAUGGAUGGUGCAUUUGAAAACAGAAUCACAUACCUUCUUCAAAUGAGUUUUUACAGCUGGAACCGCAUGAAUAAUAAAAAAAAAAACUAAAAA